GAACAUGUGUGAUGUAACCGUUGUGCCCAAAAUCAAAGUAGGAAAGGGUCCUCAAACAUGAACAACGACCUACAUGACAACUUUUCAAAAAGCUCCGCGGCAUAUCCUUUUCAUUCUAUAUUUGCUUUGAAUACACGCCAACAACAUCAAAUCCACAAUUUCAGGCAUCCUAUCAAAAUUUCUGCAAAAUUUCCGCCAAACCAACCAGCUAUUUUCCCCAAUUCUAACGAAAACCCUAAUUUUUAGACUCAAAACGCUAGUUUUGUUGCUGAAUUCGAGUUUACAAGUUGAUUAAGCUAAGCUGUUGUGAGCAGAAGAAACGUAAAGAUGUAUGGUUCCGAUGACCAGAAAUCAUCGUCGAUCUAUAAUCGAUCUUACACCAUAAACUCGGCGUCCACCGAUUUCCCUGUAAAACCCUAUCCUUACUCUUCUAUCCAACGUACUGCAUCUGUCAAGAAAGUCUCCGAUUCAUCUUUUGAUUCUAUUAAAGGCAAGGUCAGGGCCCUCUGUAGCAUCUUCGAGGCACGGAAAGCAUCGAAACCCUCAUCGGACGAUUCUCAAUCUCAAACAAAAUUGAAAUCGGAGAAGUCGUUUUCUUCUUCGGAUUCUAAACUUUCCUCCCUAUCAUCUCCAUAUGAAUCAACUCCGAUUCGGUUACCUGGAACAGAAGAUCGUGUUGUUAUUUACUUCACAAGUUUACGAGGGAUUCGAAGGACUUAUGAGGAUUGUUACGCUGUUAGGAUGAUUCUCAAGUUUUUUAGGGUUCAUAUCGACGAACGAGAUAUCUCAAUGGAUUCUUCAUAUCGAAAGGAGCUCUUGAGUGUCUUGGGUGAAAAACAAGUGAGUUUACCUCAAGUCUUCAUCAAAGGAAAUUACAUAGGCGGCGCAGAUGUCAUCAAACAGCUUCACGAGACUGGUCAGCUGGCAAAGCUUCUGAAAGGACUUCCUGUUCGUGCAAUUGGGCCAUGGCAGGUCUGUGAUGCAUGUGGAGAUGUUAGAUUCAUCCCUUGUGCGAAUUGUAGUGGAAGCAAGAAAGUCUUUGAUGAAGAUGAAGAUCAGUUGAUUCGCUGCCCAGAUUGCAAUGAAAACGGAUUGAUUCGUUGCCCCACUUGCUGUUCUUGAAUCCGAUUUAUCCUAAUCUACAUAUGAGUUAUUGAAUCCAAAUAGUGAAUUUAGUUCAAUUACAUUAUCUACAAUUGUUAAAGCCUAAAGCUUGGAACUGGAGAUUGGAGCUCCGAGUUCCUGAAAACAAUGGAGGUGUUGUUUAUGUGUCUAUGCUUGUUGAUGGGGUUGAGGAUAUAUGUUCAUCCUCUUUAUGAACAAGAUUGUGGAAUAAACCCCUACAAGGUACAAGCUUCUUGUGUAUAUUUUGAUAACUUGUUUAUAAUUAUAGUACUCGUGAAGCAAUAUAGUUGGCAAUUUUGUGUCCAACUUUAAUAGAGUAUGUAUAUUUGAUAACUUGUGUGUUUGUAAUAUGCUACACUAUCUAUUUUCUCCACAUAGGAGAGAGAUAUGUAUUGAGUUGCUAUUUGGUUCAUGGCUAAUAAUAGCAUUUGCCCAUUAACUUAA